AUGAGGCGUGUAAAGUCAGGAUCCUAUUGGCUAACGGCUUCUGCAGCUCCGAUGACAGUGAGGAAGUGUUCGUCGCUUUAAAGGGACGGUGACCAACUUCAAAGCACACAGAGCGUUUCUGCGCCUUCUUUGUAAAUGCUGUUGGUGAGUAAAGCUGCGUGAAUUUGUCCCGGCAGGACACCCGGGAGAUGAAAGCUGCCCUGCGCUUUGCAGCAGUGGCAGUCCCGAUGGGUGUCCUGCUGUCCCGCACCAUGGCGUGGAUGUCCAGCGGAAAAACGCACCCAGAGCUCGUCACUAGACUGAGAGAUCAUGGAGUAAUCCGGAGCGGCAGAGUGUUUGACGCCAUGCUGGCCACUGACAGAGGACUUUACUCCAGAGACUAUCCUUAUGCAGACUCUCCACAAACAAUAGGCUUCAGGGCAACCAUCAGCGCUCCACACAUGCAUGCUCAUGCUUUGGAGCUGCUGAGCGACAAGCUAGUAGAAGGAGCGUCGGCGCUGGAUGUGGGCUCGGGAAGUGGAUAUUUAACCGCCUGCUUUGCAAGAAUGACGGGACCCACUGGCAGAAUUGUUGGCAUCGAACACAUUGAAGAACUCGUUCAGAAGUCGAUAAAAAAUGUGCAAAGUGACGACCCAGAACUGCUGUCGUCUGGACGCAUUAGACUUGUUGUUGGGGAUGGAAGACUUGGUUAUCCAGAUGGAGCGCCGUACGACGCCAUCCAUGUUGGUGCAGCUGCAUCGACGGUUCCCAAAGCUCUGUUGGAGCAGCUGAAGCCAGGCGGGCGUCUGGUUCUUCCAGUCGGACCGGAAGGUGGCAGUCAGGUGCUGGAGCAGUACGACCGACAAAGUGACGGGACCUUCCUGAAGAGGGCGCUGAUGGGCGUGGUUUACGUCCCGCUAACCGACAAGAGGCGUCAGUGGCCGGGGUGAGAAAACGGCUCAAACCUCUCCAUAAACAAGAGACGAACUCUGACUGCAGUGCUGCUGAUCCGCCAGCAGGUGGCGGUGGUGCUGCAUCUCUGGGGAACCAUAACAGUUCCUGUUAUUUACCUUCUGCUCCAGCGGCACCGCAGCGGGGGGAGGG